GUAACGGGGGAUUACUGAAAGUUUCCUCCCUCCGCUCGACCGUUGUCCGUGUUUUCAUCAGCCUAGCUGUCUCCGGGGAAGGAAGAGAGGCUGCCUUCAUGAUGGAUAAUUGUACUUUUCCAAGAUACAGUGACAAUGACAUUGUGGUACACAUUCGCAAUUCUUUAUUGAGUGGAAAUGAAGCUAAAAAUUUUUCAAAGAGUGAUUUAUUUCCAAACGUGAAGCCUGAAAUAUUGCAUAUGAUUUUCAUGAGAGCUUUGCAAAGUGUGUAUGGAAUCCGUGUGGAACAUUUUUACAUGAUGCCAGUGACAUUUGAAACAGCAUAUCCUCAGAUUUUUGAAGGCUUUCUACCCAUAGGAAAUCUAUUUAUUAAUAUGGAGCGAUUUUUCCCGAUCUGUCGUGUCAAUGACUUCCAGAUUGCAGACAUUAUAAAUCCAAAAGCGAAGAGGACAACUCGGUUUUUGAGUGGUAUUCUUAAUUUUCUAUUCUUCUGUAACUCACGGCGUGAAGUCUACUUGGAAAUCCAGAGUGCACAUAAAACAUCAAUGGAGAAAGAGCAACAACUUCAGGUGGCAAUCCAGGAUGCAACAGUGAAGCUUGAAAAGAUGGAUAUUAUUCCUUCAGACCAACAAGUAGAAUUCAAGGAGCUGUCUCAAGAAAUUCAAGAACUACAGAAUAAACUCAAUCAAGAAUAUCGGCAGAAAACAAAUGUUUUGCAAGAAGUGAUCCACCAAAAAAGAAUGGAAAUUGCAGAAAAAAAUCAAAAUUUAAACGAUCUGAAACUGGCAAUCUGUUAUCUAAAACAAGAACAAGAGCAAUUGAAGUCCAGGAUUACAGAGUCUCCAGAGAAACUCACUAAUUGCAGGGAACGGAUGAAACAGACACAGCAGAAGAUUAAAAAAGACAAGCAAGAAGUAAUUGAGAAGUAUGAAGCUUAUAGAGACUUGGUAGAGAUGUUUCCAUCAUGUCAACUGGAGGUCCAAUUGUACCGAAAGAAAAUGCAAACACAAGGAGCAAAUAUGGAUAAGCUAUCAAAUAUAUUGGCCCAGAUCAGAACGUUAGAGGAUCAGAUUGAGAAUAGCACAAGUGGAUUCAAGAAUGCUAAGACGGAGGAAAUGUCAUUGAAGAGAUUAGUCACAGUUAAACGUGAAAAACAUGCUGCUGUUGAAAUCAAACUUAAAAAGAUAUGUGAGAAUACUGAACUGCAGAAACAGGCAAUAACUGAAUAUUGCAAUAAAUUUCAAGAGAAGAGAGGAGCUGUCUGUGAAAAACUGACAGCAACAGACACAGAAAUCAUGCAACUCAAAGGUGUCAUUCAACAGCUCAGUGACAAUGUUGGGAAAGAGAAAGUGAAAGAGAAGGAGAUCUACCUCAGCUUGAGGGUUGGCUUGGAGAAAUACCAUGAAAAUCUGGCCAGGACAGUGAACAGCUACAUAUCAUCCAGAGAAGAAAAAAUUGCUCAAUUAACUGGACUUUUUUGAUACCAUAAUUCUAAUUAUUUUACAUCAUUUUCUUGUUCUAAAAAUAUGGAGUAGUCUGCUAAUUGCAAGAACUGUAGAGCUUACAAAUCUUUGUUGAAGAAGUGUCAAAUGACUAUUUUCUGCUUUCCAUUAUGUUAAUAUUUGUAACUGAAUAGAAUUGAGAGAUGCAAACUUGAAUUUGCUUUCAUCAGAUAAUAAUAGUAACUUACAAAUGGACAUAUAUUUGUAAAUUUUCUUUAGUCAUAAAGAUUUGUGAAUAUAAAAGUUUAUAAACCAUAACCCAACAUUUUCUCUGUUAAAUUGGUUCUUUUUAAUCACAUUGUAAAAUAUCACUUGAAUUUUCAGCAACAAAUAUUGGCCAUUUAAUUUUUUUAAAUCUUGAGAUCUUAUGCACAUUAUUAUAGAUAGUUUCUGUAGUACCAAUUAUUUUAACAGCCCAAAUCUCAGAAGAUUACCAAGAUACUGGUCUAUAAGAUACUGGCCUCCUUGCAGGAAAUCUUGUAAACAUUUGAGUGAGCACACCAUGCUUUGCUAAGAAUUUGUAAUCUUGAAAUUUGGGGUCCUAUGAAUGUCCUCUGAAUGACUUGCAUGAGCCACUGGCAUCAUGUUUCUGAUUGUGGGCUUACAUAUGAUGAUUUAGAAUUCUGCUAAAAAGAAAAAAAAUUAAGAAUUACUAACCUACAAGUUUCAUUUUUCUACAUAAUAAAAUCCAAAUUUGAUAAUCUUGUGAUGCAUUAAUGGUAAUGUG